ACAAUGCUGGUUUCCAUCUCUCAGGCGGGAGCUUCCCGGAGCAGAGCGGAGGUCCCCGGAGGUCGAUGCGGACGCGGGGCCAUGCUGGAAACAGACGGGCCGUAGAGGCCAAGGGGCCGUCCCCACACCUGGAGCACAGAGGACCCAGGGCCAGGGCCACGGGAGCCAUGGAGAGCUUCACAGAGUCACUAAACAGACUGAAGGAAGUCCACGAGAAUGAGGUCAUGGGCCUGCAGAACAAGCUUCUGGAACUGAACUCAGAGAGGUGCCGGGAUGCCCAGAGGGUGGAGGAGCUCUGUGCCAAGAACCACCAGCUGAGGGAGCAGCAGAAGGUGCUGAAGGAGAACCUGCGGGUGCUGGAGAACAGGCUGCGGGCUGGGCUGUGUGACCGCUGCAUGGUCACCCAGGAGCUGGCCAGGAAGAAGCAGCAAGAGUACGAGAGCUCCCUCCUCCAGAACCUGCAGCACGUCUUCCUCCUCACCACUGAGCUGACUCGGCUGCAGGAGGAAAAUGACGCCUUGAAGGAGGAAGUGAAGCGGCUUCAGGGCCCAGGGCCCAAGCCCCAGCUCAGGGAGGGCACCUCGGAGCCCCCGUCACCCCUGCUGCUCCCCUCCCUGGGUGCCCGGAAGGCUGUCACUGAGAAACCACUGGGAGGCCACGAGGAGACAGAGGAUGACCAUGCAGAAAGGCCAGGGGUGUACAGGACAUCUCCAAUGGCCAAAAUCUCCCCAAGUCCAAAUCUGCCUGAGGCAUGGACCCCGGACAUGGUGAGGAACCCCCAGCGCAUCUCCAACCAGCUGCACGGGACCAUCGCCGUGGUGCGGCCGGGGUCCCAGGCCUGCUCCGCCGACCAGGGCUCCACCAAUGGGACGCCCCCACUGCCGCCCACCAGGAAUAGCCCACCCAGCCCACCUGGCGAGUACAGCCUCCCUCUGGACAGCUUCCUGCAGGCCUCUCGGCCCUCUGUCAAGACCUGCGAGUCCCUGAAGCACUCCCUCCAGGCCGACCGCCUCUGCCUCCUGAACCGCCACCUAACCCUGCACCUUGGCAGCCCCCCGGUCCCCACCACAGCCCCCAGCGGCCCCCAGUCCCAGGGCCUCAAGGCUGGGGAGGCAGAGGUCUGGGAGGAGCCCUCGGGCCUGCUGGGCCUGCCGGGCGCCCUGGCGGGCAUGCGGAACCCACAGCUGGAAGGCGCACUGCACAUGUUCCUGGCCCAGCAGCUGCGGGCACAGGGCAGGGUGGGCAGUGCCCGGCUGAGGGGCCCUCGGGGGCCCAAAGGAAUGCCACCCUCCCCACCAGCAGACUCAGACUCCGAGGGUCCUGAGGGCGAGGUGGCCAGAGGGAGGCACCCACAGCCUGCAGGCCCGGGCAGCCCCCAGGGGAAGGAGGGCACAACCACACAGGACUAUGUCCCAGACAAGCCCCUGGACCUCUCAGAGCGCGGUCGGUGCCGGGCCAGCGCCCCCAAGCCUGCCAACCAGUCGGGGUCACUCAGCCCCCCACGGGUCCCCACGCCCAGCCCUGAGCCACCCCAGGGAGUGGGACCACCUGCCCGGUGUGGAGCCCAGAGAGUCAGCAAUGGCACCCAGGAAGCCAGAGAGCCAGAGGCAAAAGAGCAUCCACCUUCCCCGGACGCCCCCUACUCUGCCCCAGGGCCCCACCUCAGCCUGCCCUCUCCAAGUGGGCCAGGAGAGGAGGACAGAGGGAGGCCUAAACUGCCCCCCUACCCACCAAGGCCUUGUGGAGAUGGCCACCCAGAGCUCAGCAAAGCCCAAGGACAACAGCCGGAGUCGGAUGAGCUGGACGAGCCAGACACCUCGGACAGUGAGAUGGGCCUGAGGACCCGGGCGGAGGCCACACAGAGCUCGCCGGAGGAGGGACCCGGGUGCAUCUGCAACAAGGAGUGUGGAGGGGGCCCGCAGAAGAGGAAGUGGGCGUCUGACCCCUGGAGCAAAGCCUCCAAGAAGCUGACCUGAGAAAGGAGGAACCAGGGAGCCAGGAGUCGCUCACCCAGCACCAGCACCUGGGAAAAGACCUGGGCAUCCCAGCCUGCCCAGUCAUGCACCCCACCGAUUGAUUGCCCGCAGCCAGGACAGCCCCCACCACCAGCCAAGCAGACGGCCCCAGAAGUGGGGUAGUGGACUGGGUCCUGCCACAUCCAUGGGGUUGUGAAGGCCAAGAUGACUGGUCUUUUGAACCCCUCCAUCUUGGAAAUGAUCUUACCCACCACUCUCACCCCAGCAUCUGCUCCCCUGUGGGGAGCAGGGUCCUGGGAGACCGGCAUGGCUCAAGCUCCAGCCAAGCCCCGCCCCCAGCCCUGCUUUGCACGGGCAGGCCCUCCCGGGCAGUUCCCCUCCUCCCACCAACGCAGACUCGACCACUACCCUGGACCCAGGGACUGCAUGCCUCGCUACCCACUCCAGAUGGGGUGUCGAGCGCCAAGCAGUGGUCUCGGGCGCCCCCUUGAGGGGUCCCACAAGUGUGCCGCCUGGUGAGGGCUAAGAAGGCCGGCCGGCAGCAGUGCAGCGCCUCUGCAGAGAAAGUGUCCCAGGGCACGGGGAGAAUAAAGUGUAAGGAAGGAUGA